AUGUUCUCAAUAGGGAAGAUGCAUAUCUUUGUAACGAGAUUGCAUCCAUCACAACAAAACGAAGUUUCCGGCGAUGUUGUACAGGAAGCUGAUCCGUUUCCUGAGCUCCUACAUCACAGCAUCCACCAAAUCCAAUCGUCCGAGUCCAAGAGUGUUUUCAAGAUCUACCCCGAGGCAACUUAUCUUGACAUGGACUGCGUGCCUGGCUCCUUUGCGGGAGAGUCGAGAGUAUCCAAAGCAAAGUACUUGAGGAACAGCUCCAUCUUUGUGCCCAUUAUUACAUGGGGAAGGGAUCACAGCGUUCUGAACGAGCUUGCACGAAUCAACGAGGAGAGCGAUGUAGAGAGUGACUUCGUGGUGUACGCGUUGGUAGCCAUCUACUUGCUGCAUAACAGCGUUGGCAGACUGAAGACGGUGUUCUCGAUCCUGCAAGAUGAGUCAGGGGGGCAAUGCUCGAUGAUGGACGCGUGCCGCCAGUUGAGCAAGAAGCCUUCUCUGCUAAGUUGCGAGCGGGCGUGCUCACUGCUGCAGCAGGGAGGAGUUCGCAAGGAAAGGGAGAGGAUCCUCGAAUUUCUUCUCAAGAUCUCUGUGCAAGAUGCGGUGUUGCUCCUCCUUCCAGCGGGAUGGUGCGAGGAGGCACCGAUGGUGGGGGGGAACAAGGGGACGUGUGCCAUGUACGUGAUGCCGGACGGGGAGGUGGAGAAGGGUGCCGUCGAGGCUGCAGAGCUGAUUACAGACUGUCUUGUAAGCAUCGUGAACAAGCACAUCGAGCGGAAGCUGUGGGAGUUCUCCAACCACAACCCCCGAGGGAUCGAAGUCCUGCAGGUGCUGCGGGAGCUGGGAGUCCACGAACAGUUCAAUGAGUACUUUGCGCUGCGAGGCAUCGAGUCUUUUGAGAGGCUGUCGAGCCUGGGGCACAAUGUUUCCUUGAAGAAGGAGUGCAACGUGGUGUUCAGAUCCUGCGACGAGGUUGUCACAGUGAUGUCUCGGCACGAUGAGGAUUCGAUCAAAACGCUGCAGAUGCUUGCCUCCGAGCACAAGAGGGACAAGCGAUUUCGACCCUUGAACGAGCGGCUCAGGCAGUACAGAGAUACGGACGUGAACGGAGUGCUGGCUCUCCGCACCAGCAACUCACUCGAGACAGCCUUGGUGAAACUUCCUGCGAGAGUCUGCAUUACUUUCCUGAGCACAGUGUACCUGGUGUUUGGUAUCAAACAGCUUAUGUCAGUGUGGACAGAAAGCAUUUGGCUACCGGAAGCAAACUCGACGACGCCUGUAGAGCCUCGAACUGUGAAGAUAUCGGUGAUAGCAGACCCAAUCAUCAGCUUCUACUGGAGCUUCCUCUUUCUCUCGGGCAUAGUCAUCGGGAUUGUCAACACUCCACUGCGGGCCAAGUGGCUCCUUCUCUUUACAGGGCACCUGGUGAUUGUUGGGAAUUUGUUCUGCGCCCUGUCGGAUUUCGUGCAAUGCUCCACUCAGGGGACGGGGAUAGGAUCGUAUUGUAGCGGGACUUCGCACAUAGUGACUGUGAUCUUCGUUGCGUUCGCAAUGUACCUUGCGCAUUUUGUUCAGCACUACUUCUGGAUAGCAGCUUUCUUCCUCCAAGGCGCUUUCUGUCUCUUUUCAUUUGUCGACAUUGAAGGAUGGUUCAGGAUGUUAUUCCUCGCUCUCGGGUUGGGAUGCUUCGUCGUUGCCUUCAUCAUAGUCCUCCAGUUUCGCAAGCAGUACAGGAAGACUUUCAUGGAGCUGACGGCGGCUAUGAAAAGCUUCGAUGAGAGCUGGGAGACGGUGAGGGAACAAAAUACACAGGCAAUAGAAGAAAUCAACCAGCGAGUCCGAUCCAUAUCUCAAGAGCUGAACGAGGUGAUCAAAGGGGGCACCAAGACUUGGACUCUAUACCUGAGUGUGAUGCUGGGCAUGCGGAGAUCGCGAUACUCGAGUCGCAACGAUAAAAUCCGGCAGGAGAGCAGCGACUUCGAGCGACUGUUCCUGCAGGCGCAGGAGAUCAGUGCUCAGUUCCAGCUGUGGGUGUCUAGUUGGAAUCAGGUGGGCAGAGUCGAGCACGGGAACGUCAAGUCCUGCUCGCGAGCGAUGCAGAAGACCGUCAGGUCGUACCAGCGGGACCCCUCCUGCUUGACCGACCUCGUGAGGUGCACGGUAGUAGUGCAGUCCAUCGAUGAAGUUCUUGCGUGGGUGACUUUCCUGCGCGAACAAUCUGUGGUUGGCUUCGAGGUGAACGGUAGGGACAAGCCUGGGUCGUCGCGGGUGACGUCAGAGGACAUAGAGGCGGGGAGGGACGCAAUGAGAGGAGACAUCUUCAUGAGCAUCACGAGCAUUAAGAAUCGGUACGAUCCCUCGUACAAGGCGAGCAUCAGUGGAGGAUACAGAGACCUCUGCGUCUGUGUGGAGGUGGGAUGGACGCGAGACGAGAUGAAUCAAACUUGUAGCCUCGUGCCAGUGAGGGAGUGGGGGCAGACGGCAGGGCUUCGGAAGCACAUCUGUGAGAUCCAGGUGGGAGAGGAGCUCGGGACGGUGCUGCUGGAGGAGAUGCACGCUAUCAAGAAGCUCCUGCACAAGGAGUACGUGAACUUCCGCAACACCCUAUGCCAGUAG